GGUUUCGUUAAGAAGAUAUGUUCCUUUGCAGUUUUCUCGCUCCUGCAGCAUCUUCUCUCCCUUUCCAUAACCAUUACUUACAUGCCUGACCCGCUUGUCACCAUUAGGUUACCAAAGUCUUGGAAGUCAGCCUUUUGGAUCUUGCUAGCUGGCGGUUCCAUUUUCAGUUUGUCUUACCUUCUGUGGAGCAGAUUAUUUUCUGCAAAGAAAAAGGUGGGCGCACAUAUCGAAUCGGACGGAGGCCAGCUGAAGUCGGAUAUGAGUACGUUUCCGAAUCUAGGACGGAAACUUACGGGAAACGUAACACAUUCCCUAAGUUCACAUACCUCUGUAUUCGAAAAGCGUUCUUCUUUCGUGCCUCCCUAUAAUUCUGCAAGUGGCGCACUCCUGGGCCUUGAUUCGGAUCUGGAUGAUACCUCUUCGUCUCCUGUAGAUUUUGGUAGACUCGGUCUACUCGCUCUUGCGGGAGUAGUCGAACACUUGGAAAAUUUGAUGACGAAAAUUCACUUGUUUGAAGCGAACAGUCAGCUUGAUAAGACAAGCGACUCCGGGCAGUUGAUCAAUGAGCUCAGACUUCUUCUCGAACAUGCCUAUCAAUUAAGCGAACAAUACCGACGUAAGCUUAUAUUGGAAAGUCAAGAAAGUCGUACCGGCUCUGUGCAUAAUGACGUGACCUCUGAGGACGAGACUUGUUCGUAUUUCUCUGCACUAGAACAAAUUGAUCUCACUGAAUUGGAAUACCAGAUUUCAAAAAAUCUGCAUCGACCGAUUUAUUGCGAGGCACUGAGAACACUGGAUGAAAGUGGAAUCCCUUACCGAUCCCUCCGAACGGAAUUAGUUGGUUGCGAACGAGACAUGGAGUACCUCGCCAAAUUGCACUGCCUUCGACAAGCCUUCGAUUCAAUUUUUGAUCAACCGGCCCCUACUCAAUGGCUGCGCAUUGCUGGAAAGCUCUCCGGAUUCCGCUUGUUACAUUGCUUGGGCUAUCCAACAACCGAUUUUGACGAGGCAUACGAGCGAUUGCUCGCGUUUGUGCUGUCUCAGAGAUGUCAACCCAAUAGCACCAUCUCCGAGGAACUCGCUAUCAAGGGAGUCAAGGUUGUCAAUUUUUACGACGUUGUCAUCGAUUUGAUGCUUCUGGAUGCUUUUGAAAUACUUUCGAAUCCCCCGAAUUCUGUGCUUACCAUUACGCGCCAUCGCUGGCUUAGUGACAAUUUUAAGCGCGUUUCCCUUGACUCGACAAUCUGGACCAUACUGUUAGCGAAACGAAAGCUCCUCACAUACGCCGAUGGCUUUUACGCUCAUUAUUACACUUUAGUUGGCACAAUCACUCCCGCCCUUGCCUGGGGCUUUCUUGGACCGGACGAGGGUGCUCUCAGGAUGUGCAAUCGAUUCCGCGAAGUUGUCACUGCCUUCUUGCGUGAAGCAUUCACUUUCCGUGAUGACUUCGAAAGGCCAUCUGAUGGCGCCAAUUCGCGCUUAACUUUUACCCCGGCUAAUGAAGUUGAUUGCGUCAAUGAUGACACGGACGAUGAGACUCUGGUCCGAAGAGACGAUUCUCAUGGCUUGGAGUUAAAUGACGCCAAUGAGGUGGACGACGCGGACGACAGCAGUACUAUUGUUUAUCGGGCUGCCUUUCCUUCAGGUUUAUCUGAUCACACGUUGGACGUCCCAGAAAAUAACUUAAUUGGGUUGCGAUACACCACUCUACCUGAGCUUACCCAUGAUUUAUACAGUUUGUUCAUACGAUACAUAAGCCAGCUGUCUAGAAUGUUCCGAGAGGAGGCAAGGUUAACUGGAUCCCCUUUACCUGAGGAGUGGUCGACCAACCCAGAUCCUCCAAGUUUGCACGUAUUUUGAUCCUUCUGUCUAUAUUAUCUGUUUAUGAUCACUUAUUCUUCACUUAAUUUUUCUCUUCUCAACACUACCAUCAUGCUGUGUACAGAGAAAGUGUAUGAUUUUUCCCGCAGUUUUCAAUGGACAUAUUGUUCCAUUCUUCUUAUACCCAUUGGUGAGGACGAAAUAAAGUGGUCUGUCGAAUUUUUUCAACUGUUUUUAACUUUUGUUGUCUUUUUAACUACGUGUGUGAAUUUCAUCCACCGAAUGGGAGAACGUUUUGCAUCGCUGCGCAUAUUUUGUCAUCUAUUUUGAUUUACUUCGGCUUGCUAGUUUCUACUGGCGGUUUUUGCACCUGACGUCUGCCAUUCUACACCAUUUUGUUCUACUGUCCUUUAGUCACCUUUGUACCUACUCAAUGG